AUGGCCCAAGGCAAGUACAUAGCCCAUGGUGGGCAGGAGCAAGCUCCAAUAGCCUCCUGGCCCCUGUCCCAGGUCUCUGAAAGGCUUUAUUUACAGGUUACAUCUUCUGUGACAGAACUGGCUGGAAGAAAGGACCAGGUAUUCCUGUGCAUUUGCAUUUGUGAUACAAAUUUAUCCGCUGUGGUGAUUUUCUUCUCUUCCAGCAUACCUGACGAUAUGAAUGACACCCAUGCCACGAGCAAUAUCAGUGCUAGCGUGGAACUGUUCCAGCUCAUCAUGUACACCCCCACGUUUACCCUCGGAUUGCUGUUCAAUAUGAUGGCCCUGUCGUUCCUGUUUUUUAAGGUUAAAAAGAUGUCAGAAUCUACAGUCUACAUGAUAGCCCUUAUUUUCCUGGAUACUUUGCUGCUGUUUACUCUUCCUUUUAAAAUAAUUUCCUACCACCUUCAGAACAACUGGAACUUGGGGUCUGUGUUUUGUUCCACCUUGGAGAGUCUUUACUUUGUAAACAUGUAUGGCAGCAUUCUCAUCUCCCUCUGCAUCUGUGUAGACCGGUACAUUGCUAUCCAGCACCCUUUCACAGCUCCCACCCUGCGAUCCACCAAGAAAGCUGCUAUGGUUUGUGCUAUCAUCUGCCUGGGCACCUCAGCCGGGACAGUCUCUACUUUCCAACUGCAUGGAGAGGGCCACAACAUCUCAUCCUGCUUCCAUAACUUCUCCAAGAGCACAUGGGAAAACACAGGCCUGUUCAGUGCCUUGGAGAUUAUUUUCUUUGGCGGCAUGGCAGCCAUGGCCUUCUGCACUGUUCAGACCAUCAGGUGUUUGAGAAAGCACAGAAAACCAGACAACCCCCAAACACACACCACCAGAGCAGAGAAGAUAGUGGUGACAAAUCUUGUGGCAUUUUUGGUCUGUUUCACGCCUUACCACGUGGCAUACUUCAUGUACUUUUUGGUGAAGAACAACAUAAUUCACACCAGUUUUCAGCAAGUGCUACGAGACAUCAUUCAGGUUACCCUUUGCUGGGCAAACCUGAACUGCUGUCUUGAUGGAGUGUGUUAUUAUUUUGUUUUAAAGGAGUCUUUGGAAGACCCAUUAGAAAACAGUAAAAAAACAGCCACAAGAAAUCCUUGA